AUGACUAAAAUAUGUUCCAGUACACUUUCUGGGGAGUGGACGGACAACUGCAGCCCUGGAUGUACUACAGAAGGCGGCAUCAAUUCAAUUAUCGGCGAUGGAUUUGUGGGUACUGCAUGUAGUGGAACUGUUGAAAAUGCUUCUAGCGCUCCUAAUCAUGAUCACCUAACUCGUACUCAACUGAUGACACUUUGCGAGAGAAGGCCCAUUUGUCAUUUUGUUGAACUAGCUGAUCGGAGUCUUUAUCAGGCGCUAUUGGAGACCAUUAUUGCUGAUAGUCUACAAACUCUUACACCCACCCAAUUGCAAGGAAUCCGACUUAUGUUGCAGCACUUGGAGGUAACACACAUAUGUGACUGCAGUAAACUGUGA